AUGGCGGCAUCCAACGUUGGUAAUUCUAGCCUGUACGAGGCUGGUGAUCAGCGUAACCCCCCCGACUCGGAGAAGGCAAAGAACCAAGCCACUCCCUAUGAGGAGGGCAAGUCGAACUCCCAUGACCAGAACGACCCCAAGGACGAGCGCUCCAUUGGCAACCGCCUCGCUGCCGCCGAGCCCCAAAACGAUGACCAAAGUCGCAAGAACCUGUCCAAGGAGGACAAGGCUGCCCAAAAAGACGCGACACUCCCUGCUCAAAUGCAUGGCAACGAGCCGUCAAAGGGCGCCAAGAUCGACAAAGAGCUCGCUGACGAGGAAGCGGAGAUCCUGGCCAAGAAGGAUGCUGCAUCUGGCGGCAAAGGAAAGGGCGGUACUGGCAAGACCACCGGCCAGAAGAACUAG